AUGUCAACCACCAUCGCUUUGUUACUUGUUCACCUCCACCUACUCCUGUGCGGCCAUGGCGCCGCCGCCGUCGCAGCAACGGCGACGCCGCCGCCUCUCCCGGUUCUGCCCGUCCCUUCCUACGCGCAGCUCCAGUGGCAGCUCUCCGAGAUGGCUCUCUUCAUCCACUUCGGGCCCAACACCUUCACGGACUCCGAGUGGGGCUCCGGCCACGCCGACCCCGCCGUGUUCGCGCCCUCCGAGCUCGACGCCGGCCAGUGGGCGCGCGUCGCGGCAGAGGGAGGGUUCGGCCGCGUGGUGCUCACGGCCAAGCACCACGACGGGUUCUGCCUCUGGCCGUCGGCGCUGACGGACUACUCGGUGGCCGCCUCGCCGUGGCGGGGUGGGGCGGGGGACGUCGUCGGCGAGCUCUCGGCCGCCGCGCGCGCGGAGGGGAUCGGGCUGGGGCUGUACCUGUCGCCGUGGGACCGGCACGAGCCGGUGUACGGCGACACCGUCGCAUACAAUGAGCACUACAUGGGCCAAAUGACGGAAUUGCUCACCAGGUAUGGAGAUGUGGAGGAAGUUUGGCUUGAUGGUGCAAAGGGUGACGACACAUACAUGGAUUACAUGUUUGAUGCCUGGUUUGCGCUUAUCCAUCAGCUCCAGCAAAGGGUGGUUAUCUUCUCAGAUGCUGGACCAGAUACUAGAUGGGUAGGCGACGAGGCGGGAAUUGCGGGCCGUACCUGCUGGUCUCCUUUCAACAAGACCGUCGUGACAAUUGGGCACAUCAUUCCUGAAUACUCACAAAGUGGGGAUCAAUUUGGUGAAGAAUGGGUUCCUGCAGAAUGUGAUGUUUCCAUCAGGCCAGGGUGGUUCUGGCAUGCCUCAGAGAAACCAAAAAGUGCUGUAACCCUGCUUGACAUAUACUACAAAUCAGUUGGUAGAAAUUGUCUCCUCAUAUUGAAUGUUCCUCCCAAUUCAUCCGGGCUUAUUUCCGAUGAAGAUAUGCAAGUCCUUCAGGAAUUCACCGAGAUCCGACGGACAAUUUUCUCUCACAACUUUGCUGCCAACGGAACUGUCACAGCAAGCAGUGUACGUGGUGGGUUGAACAACUUGCAGUUUGCACCCUCCAGUGUGCUCCGAGAUAGCAUAUACUCCUACUGGGCACCACAGGAAGGGCAGACAAGCUGGGAAAUGCUCUUCGACCUCGGGCGAUCCACUUCCUUCAACUUGCUCCAGCUCCAGGAGCCUAUCCAGAUGGGUCAGCGUGUGAUCGAGUUUCAUGUGGAUGUCCUACUGGGUGGACUGUGGCAAACAAUUCUUGAAGGCACGACAAUUGGGUACAAGAGGCUGCUUCGGUUCCCUGCCGUUGAAGCCCGGUACCUGAAGCUAUAUGUCGACAGUGCACGUGCAGACCCACUGAUUGCAUUCGUUGGUGUUUUCAUGGAUCCCUUCUCAGAUGUAUAUGGUUUAGAUCAUGAGAGGCCGUCCCAUACUAAUAGCAGUGAAGUCAUAAUGUUAAGGAGAGGCCAUGCUGCCGGCAACAGGAGUACUGCUACGAUGUAA